AUGAUCAGAAGAAGUCUCCGUCUUUGCAACAAGAGGAGAACCUAUGUUGUUCCUUUGGAUCUGCAGAUCGAGAUUCUUAGCCGGUUGCCUUCAGAAUCCGUAGUUAGGUUUAUGCUCGUAUCUAAAUCAUGGCGAGAAAUCAUCCUCAGCAAGAGUUUCAUGAGGUUACGAUCCUUGACUCAGCCUUUGCGUUUCCUACUAGCUUUACAGGAUAUAGAUUACCAAACUGGACGCAUAAAUUGCAGCUUCUUCUCUUCUUCUUUUUUAUAGUCAUCAUCAACAUCGAUAUCAACCACUUUUCUAUCCACAAUAACAUUUCCUCUCCGUCUAGCCUCGGACCCUUUUUAUUACGUGAAUGGUCUGAUGAACAUGGGUGAGAUCAUAUGUAACCCUUGCACCGGAAAGACCAUAUCUUUACCAAAGCUUGUCAAAACAACACCCGCUGCUAGGAGACGAAGUCUAGCCGACCGCUUUUUCGGAUAUGAUCCUGUCAAUAAUCAGUACAAAGUAUUGUGCAUCACCCAGUAUCUUGCACAACACGCAACACCGAAUCACUAUCAGAUAUUUACAUUGGGAGCUAAACCUAAAAGAUGGAGAUUCAUCGAUUGUGACAUUCCUCACACACAUUUGUCUGACGGUCUGUGUAUUGAUGGGUUUGUGUACUACAUUGCGAGGACGGACGCAAGAAUGAUGUGUCUGAUGAGAUUCGAUUUGAACUCUGAGAAGUUUAAUAUCUAUGCUAGAGUAUCUGAGGAAAUGAAAGCUUUGUAUUUUCAAGAUAACGGUUCUAGAACUUUGAUAAACUACCAUGGCAAAGUAGCCGUAGCCAUUCAGCCUUCUCACUCAGUGCCUUCAAUUGAUUUGUUCAUAUUCGAAGCAGGAAAACAGGAUUACAAAGAGAAGUCUUUCGAUAAUCUUCCCCAGCUUCAUUUGCGUGUGAAAAGUGUUAUUAAUCAUAUGGGUGACAUUAUUUUUGCACCUAGCUGUUCCGAACGUGAUGAUAUUGUUAUUAUCCACCACGAUCUCAAGGGAGCCAGUUUUAAGAAGAUGAAGUUUGAAGUCGCAAAGCAUGAUUUGUUUAAUGAAUCAAAUUAUUUCAUGGGUUACGUAGAGAGUCUUAUGCUCAUUUAA